AUGUCCUUCACCACCUUCUGGUGCAGAGUCCUCCCUCGCUUUUACGCUCCUUUCGUUGUCAUGAGCACCCUCAACUUGACGAACGGGGGCGCCAUACUCGACGACGGUGGCGGUUAUUCAAGGCAUUCCGCUCAUGAAAUCAUUCAGCCACAUCCCAGGUAUUGGCUGAGUGACGGCUCGCUCAUUGUCCGUACCCAAGGGCACGCUUUCAAAAUCCAUCGUACCCUCCUGCAUAGGCAUUCUCCCGUUCUUGCUGCACUGAGCACAUCGCAAGAGGCGAAUUGCGAUUCAAUGCAUGGAUGCCCCCUCGUCUACAUCCCAGACGAGCGAGGGGUCUCGAGCGCCGACUUUGAAGCCUUACUUGCGCAUCUCUAUCACGAUACCCCCAUAGACUCCGAUGCACCCUUUUCGCACCUCGCGGCGGUCCUGCGUGCAUCGUCGAAAGAGCAACUUGAUUUUCCAUCCAUACACGAGCUUGUGCGUCGGAGAUUGGGGAAAUUAAUCCCUUCCGAGCUCGAAGCACUGCUCAAGGCCAGUGUGGAGCAGCCCGAUGAGGCACUGACUCUCGCAGUAGAAUAUGACAUAGACUCGAUCAAGAAAUCCCUAUUCUAUGUGCUUGCCACUCAUGCCGAUUUAGACCACGACGAACCAGACGGUAUGCUCCCCGUCCCCGACGCACCAGUGGACAGCACACCCUCCCAGCCCCGCUUCAAUCUGUCGCCGGCACUCACCCGGCGAUGUCAGGCUCUUCUCGACGAGCUUGUUGCGCACUUCACGCCCAUCCUGUUCACGGUCGCAACUGCGCACCACAUGGCCUGUACAGACAUCUUCGCAGAGACGUGGAUGCCGCUCGUGAUCCAGCCAGCCCUGGAAAGCAGCGGGUUAUGUCGCCCGCUCGAGACGCUGCAGACGAUUAUUGAACUCGACUGGGCCGCACAUGGUCUAUGUGAAGAGUGCGUGAGAGACAAACGGGAGGAGUGGAGAGGCGAACAGAAAGCGAUUUGGGAUCGGAUGGAUGGAUGGCUCGCAUUGACAGUGAAAGCCUAA